AUGAACUUUAAGAGGCCGUCAAAGAUCCAAGAGCGAGCACUUCCGCUCCUCUUAUCGGACCCCCGCAAAAAUUUGAUUGCUCAAUUACAAUCUGGGACCGGGAAAACCGCGGCCUUCGCUUUGACAAUGUUGACUCGUGUUGACAUGUCGGUUAGAGAUGUUCAAGCUCUCUGUUUGGCCCCAACUCGCGAACUCGCCGGGCAAAUUCCGGGCGCCGUUCAAAAGAUGGGUCAAUUUAUCAACAUCAAAACACAGUUGGCGAUCCCGAAUAUGGUCCGACGUGGUCAGAGAAUGGAUGCACAUAUUGUUGUUGGGACACCUGGCACGGUCCUUGACUUGAUCCGCUGCAAGGAAUUGGCUGUAGAACAUCUUAAGAUUCUUGUUCUCGAUGAGGCGGGUAAUAUGCUUGAUCUACAAGGACUUGGAGAACAGUGUCUCCGCGUGAAACAGAAUACGCCCCCGAACACCCAGAUCGCCUUAAUCUCGGCAACCUUUCCUCACCAGCAGCCAUGUAUGGACAGUGACAGCAAAGAGGACAAAUAUCGAAUAUUGAUUGACCUCUAUCAUAUUUUGACGAUUAGGUCUUCAGUAAUAUUGCUCCAGAAUCGCGAAACAGCGUAUCAGAUUCAGAGACGAAUGGAGGCGGAUGGGCACAAGGUUGCAUCCCUCCAUAGUGCAGAAGAUGGCCCGGAUCGGGACAAGGUUUUCAAUACCUCCCGUUCUGGAAAAGCAAAAGUCCUGAUUACUACCGAUGUGUUGGUGCGUGGCUUCGAUGUCUCAACUGUCUCGAUGGUGGUCAAUUAUUACCUCCCUCGUGGCAAGAACCGUCGCUUGGACGCGAAAACGUAUCUUCAUCGCAUCGGACGCACGGGGCGAUUCGGACGUGUGGGUGUGGCGAUCACGUUCGCUCAUGGCAAGCAGACCCUGAACGAGGUAGGGGAGAUAUCAAACCGCUUUGGUGUCUGCAUUACCAGGGUUCCGACCAACGACAUUGAAGAGGUUGAGAAAAUAGUCAACAGUGUUCUUAAAAACAAGAAGGCUGGUGGGACGAAGCGGUAA